GUGUUUUCCAAUUUAAAAGUUUCAAACUUUUCAAAAAGUAUAUCUUUUUUUAAAAUUCAUGCAUUGUGACUAUCAUCAUGUCCCAAAAUAAUAAUAUUAUUAAAGUUGAAGGCCGAGAGAUAAAUCCUGCCAAAGUUGAUGGACCAUCAGAUGUAUUUUCAAGCGCUAGUUUCCAACUUGCAAAAUCAAGGUGGCAAGAAGACAACGAUGCUAACAUAUGUGUUCUUUGCAAUCAGAAAUUUAACCAGAUACGACGCAAACAUCAUUGUCGUCAGUGCGGCAGAGUGCUCUGUAGUAAAUGCUGCUAUGCAAAGAUGCCGCUGCCUCAGUUAGGCUACGGAGAUGCUGAGCGUGUGUGUGAUUUCUGCAAGCCUGUCUGUGAACUCGUAACCAAGGCUAGAUCACCAAUGCUGUCAUAUGAGCUAGAAGGUGCCAAAGGAUUGUCUGAGUUUGUACGAGAUCCUGAUGGUGUGAAACGUGUGGUCGAAACAGGAGGUCUACAAACAUUGAUAUGGCUUGCCCGACAAGGGGACGAACAAAUGAGGGGUUAUAUCAUAUCUGCCCUGCAUUGCCUGGCUAUGCAUACAUCACUACAUCCAGUACUUGCAGAAUCUGGUACCAUCAAAGCUGUUUGCAGCAUUUUAUCGAAUGCAGAUGCGGAACAAAUUUUGAUUGACGGAAUCAGUUCACUGAUGAUCUUCUGUAAAUCAUCAGACCUCAAAACACAAGCUAUCAAAGAUGGCGCCCUCCAUCCGGUUUUAACACUUUGCAAUCAUUCCCAAGAUGCCAUAGCUUUGGUGGCACUGAAGACCCUAAGCCUCAUUGUUGAGCAUGCAGGAACACAUACUGCUAUUAUCGAAAGUGAACGUAGCGCUUUGCCUAAAGUACUUGCACUCACAGCCUCAAGUGAUGAACAGGUGCAAGAGGUCAGUCUAAAGCUGCUUGCUCAUCUCUCAAUGGGAACUGACUAUCAUAGACAGAGAAUAGUUCAGGAGGAUUUUACUACAGGGAAAGGAAUUCUAAAGGUUCUUCGUAGCAAUCCUAACAACAUACAAGUAUUAUGUAAUGCAGCCUGUUUGGUUGGGAAUCUUGCAACCAGUGAACACUCCCAGGGUGCUCUGCAGGAGGUGAUUGACCCUUUGUGUUUAAUGUUGGGUUCCCAUACAGAGAGUGUGGAAUUAACAACACAUGUCAUCAGAGCCAUAGCAAACUUUGCCAAAUACCCCCAGAAUGCUUGGAGACUGAUACCAUACCUUGCUCAUUUUACACGCAGUUGUCUCAAAUCGGCAAAUAAUGCCUUAAAAUUCCAAGCGACACGCUGCAUUCUUCAUCUUCUUCUCCAUUCAACGAAUGAGACAACAGAAGGAUUGAUGAAAGAGGGCGCCGCUGAAUUGUUAAAGGGUCUUGUUGAAAUACCUGAACUUAUGGAAUCUAUGCAUAAGUCGAUACUAAAAAAUGUUUCCGAGAGGUGCCGUCCUAUGUAGAGUUAGGUUUAAUGAGAUUUCUAUUGUUAUAUGAAAUAAGCCUCCAUCUGGGGAACGUUAUCCUGCACAAACCAUGAUUUCAUUGUUGACCAAGGUUUACCUUUGAGGUCAGAAAAGGGCCAAGAUUGUUUU